AAAGGCUGCGCAACACCACAAGGAAGAACGAGGAGAGAGGCAAGCCCCGCGACGCGGCUGUGGACCUCAGGUCCUGCUCCCACCACACCAUGUCCCUGGUGGAGACGAUCCGGCUGUGGCAAGAAGGGGUGUGUGCAGCAGACGGCAAGGAGUGGAGGGCAGCCCUGGAAGCUUUCACAGCUGUUCAGAACCCCCCUGCCAAAAUCUGCUUUAACAUUGGCUGCGUCCACCUUGUUCUGGGGAACCUGGCUGAGGCAGAGGAGGUAAGGUACAUGGCAGAUGGUUCCAGCUCAAAAAAGAUUAGAAGCCUGGUAGAGGUUCCACCACCCAGUGCCCAGCACUGCAGGGAGACAGCCCAACUUAGUCCUCCCUUUUUACCUCUUUUUUACCCCUUCCCUACCUCCAUGCAGGCUUUCACCCGGAGCAUUGGCUGUGACAAGCAUCUGGCCGUGGCUUAUUUCCAGCGGGCGACUGUAUUUUGCCGGAGGCAGAACCAUGAAAAGGCGAUUGAAGACUUUAAAGAAGCACUGGCCCAGCUGCGAGGCAACCAGCUCAUCGACUACAAGAUCCUGGGCUUGCGGUACAGGCUCUUUGCUUGUGAGAUACUCUACAACAUCGCACUGGUGUAUGCCACGAUGGAGGACUGGAAGAGAGCUGAGGAGCACCUGACACUGGCCAUGAACUUGAAGAGCGAGCCCCAGCACAACAAGAUUGACAGGGCAAUGGAAGCCAUCCUGAAGCAGAAGGUCUGUGAGCUGGUAGCCAUUCCUGUGGGGAAGCUGUUUAGACCAAAUGAAAAGCAAGUGGCUCAGCUGGAGAAGAAGGACUACUUGGGAAAGGCCACGGUGGUGGCAUCUGUGGUGGACAAGGAUGACUUUUCAGGCUUUGCUCCGCUCCAACCACCGGCCUCUGGUCCUCCCCCAAGGCCCAAGACUCCAGAAAUCCUCAGGGCCCUGCAAGGGCAGCCACACCGUGUCCUGUUCGAGUUCAUCCCUGAGACUGCCGAAGAGCUGCAGGUCCUGCCAGGAAACAUUGUCUUUGUCCUGAAGAAAGAGAAGGACAACUGGGCUACAGUGAUGUUCAAUGGAAAGAAAGGGAUCGUCCCCUGCAACUUCCUCGAGCCCGUGGAGCUCCAGAACAAGCUGCAUAUUCAGGAAGAAGCCUCUCUUGAAGCAGAGAUCCCAGAGUCUCCCAGCUCUGCCACUCCAGAGAAGCCACGGAGGCCAGCACCGGACUAUGUUCCUGCUACUGUGACACAGCCGAGAGACACAGCAAAGGAGGCUGAAUCCACCAUCACCAGCCCUCACAUCCUCAAGGUGCACUACAAAUACACAGUGGCCCUGCAAGUCAAGCCAGACUUCUCUUACACAGAGCUCCUGGAGAAGGUUUGCAAGAAACUGGAGCUCCAACCUGAGCACACACAGCUGAGGUAUAAGCCUGUGGAGAGCCAAGCGCUGGUGACUCUGAGCACAGAGAACCUGGAGAUGGCUUGGAGCCAAAGCAAGGACAACUGUCUGACAGUCUGGUGUGACAGCACAGAGGGAGAGGGUUUUUUAGUGGACAGCAAACCAGAGGAGUCACUGCAGGAAGCAACACCAGAGGAGGUGGGACAAACCCAAGUUAUAGCACAGUACAAUUAUGAAGCCACUCAACCUGAAGACCUGGAGUUUCAGGCAGGAGAUGUGAUACUUGUUUUAUCCAAAGUGAAUGAAGACUGGUUAGAAGGCCAAUGCAAUGGGAAGAUAGGCAUCUUCCCAUCUGCUUUUGUUCAAAGGUCUAACACUAAAGACCUUGAGAUGUGAUUUCAGAAGAGCUUAAAGUC